ACUGUGAUAAAGUGAUCGUUGCACAACUGUUUUGUUUUUGUACAAGUGAUGGAUAUGAAGAGGAUUUUUCUUAUGUUAUUUUAUGUAUGUAAUGGAUUCAUCUUUCGUGCAAAAAGCUAUAAAAUUAGUGAAAAGGGUACCGACAUGUGCCAGUACUAUAGUAAAAAUCGUGUCGCAAAAUGCAGAAGGUUACAUUUAUAUAUUCCUAGUUUAAAGGAAUCUGUAUUGGCUCUGGAAAUAAGAAUAAGUUAUUUACCCUAUAUAAGCAGACAAACGUUUCAAAAUAUUUCAUCGAACAAAAUCAUUCGAUUAGCAUUUAAGAUGAAUAAUUCUAUUCAAGCGAUAUCAACCGAUGCAUUUUCAGACCUUAGAUAUUUGCAGACGUUGGAAGUUUCAUUUGAAAGUCAGUUAGAUGUAUUUAAUUUUAAAUCAUCAUUGGGAAGCUUGAACGUAUCAUUAUUAAACGAAUUGAUUUUAGAAAGUAAUGGUUGGACUUCACUACCGGGUAAUUUGCUUGAUAAUUUAAGUGGAGCUAACUUGACAGUAUUGUCCUUAAAUGAAAAUGAUUUUGAAAUAAUGAAUGCUUCAAUAUUUAAACCAAUAUUUGGAUUGAAAAAGUUUUUUUGCGUAGAGUGCUCUUUAGCAUAUUUCAAGGUAGACGGAUUGAUGAAGGUGGAAUCAAUUGACUUGACCGGUAAUAAUAUCUUCGAAGUACCAAAUUUUUGUGACAAUUCAGGAAAACAUAGUCUGGCUCCGGUGUUAAAAAAACUGAUACUUACAGACAAUGCAAUAAGACUUAUUUUGCCAUCUUCAUUUAAAUGCUUAUUAAGUCUUCAAAGUUUAAUUCUCGACGGAAACAGAAUGAAAGAGCUAAAGAAAAACAGUUUUUCUAUCUUGCCCAGUUUGAUUAGAUUAUCUAUUACACAUAUUCCAAGAAUGGAAAUUAUUCGACAAAAAACUUUUAACAGUUCUUCCCUUCGCAGUUUACAACUUAGCCAAAACGGUUUUCGCUUUGAUCACGUCCAUGAUUUGAAUUAUUUCCGGGGCCUAUUUAUAAACACAUACAAUUUGGAAAAAUUGGAUUUGAGUAAGAAUUACUUGCCUCAUGAACCGCAACAUACUCUGGCGAUGUUUUCCCCGUUGAAACAGUUAAGAACAUUAAAUAUCGCAACUACUGGAAUUGCAACGAUCCCUGAAGGACUAUUCCAAAAUAUGCCUUAUUUGCAAAAGUUAUUUCUGAUUGGCAACAAAAUAGCAAGAUGGAACCCAUCUACAUUUAACAAUAUGACGAACUUACGAAAAUUGCAUUUGGACGGAAAUCAAAUUCACAUUAUAAACAGGACGUCAUUUCCAACAAUGAUGUUAAAUAAACUGGAAACAUUUGAAAUUUCCAACAAUCCAUUUUGGUGUACAUGUGAUCAAAGAUGGUUUUUAGAUAAGUUGCGAUCAACAAACAUUACUAAAAAGAUGCCAAAUUGGCCUACAUAUUACUCUUGUGCAUAUCCGGAGAAUCUAAGGCAUUCGUCACUUUCGAGUUAUAGACCAACUGAUGCAGAAUGUGAAAUUAGUUAUUUUACAUCCAUUAUUAUAAUAGCUGUUUGCUCUGUUUUGAUACUUGUAUUUUUCUUAGCGCUAAUAUUGUAUAGAUGUCACAUAAACAUUAAGAACUUACUUUAUUUUGUUCGUGUUCAUCACCGCAUUAAAAAGGGUUAUUUGAAACUGAUGUCUUGCAACGAUUUCGAUUUUGACGCUUUUGUCGUGUAUUGCGAUUCCGAUCGACAAUGGGUUCAUAGUAACUUGAUAAAAAGAUUGGAAGAUAAUGGAUUAAAGAUUUGUAUCCACCAUCGAGAUUUCGAAGUUGGAGAACCAAUCAUAAAUAAUAUUGAGAAAUUUAUGAACAAAAGUUGGAAAAUUAUCGUUGUUAUGUCUAAUGAUUUCGCCAAAAGUGAAUGGUGUCAAUGGGAAGUGAACUUAGCUCUAGAAAGAAGACGUCGCCAAGGCAUGAAUGCGUUAGUCUUAAUCAUGUAUCGUCAAAUUGACUCAAAACACAUGACAAGUGGGCUCAGAACACUUCUUAACACAACGCCACAUUUAAUAUUUACAGAAGGUUUAGGUGAACGUAUGUUUUGGAAUGCAAUUGUUAACGAUAUUAACAAGUCUUUGAUGUUACCACCAGCGGCCAUUUUAUGAAACAGCUAAAGGCGUUUACAAAGCGAUGUAUAUUUCAAAUAGGGCAUGUUUGAGUUUUAUAUGAAUUUUAGUUGAAACUUUCUUCUUUCAGUCAUUAUUGUACAUUUGUAGCUUUACAGAAACAUAUAUAAUAGUUAUCUCGUUGUUUAUAUCCUUAUAUAUAGCACUAUCAUUAUAGUUUCCAUAUUUGUAAUUAUUCAUCGUUAAUAACGAGACGAAAGAUGCAAAGGGGAUAAUCAAAACUUACAAGUCGAAGAUCUCUGACAACACCGUGGCAAAAAUAAGCGAAAAAACGACGAAAAAACAAACAAGUCCACAAAACCAUACACAGAAAACUAAAACUGAACCACUCAAAUCCCACUAAAACCGGGGGCUCCGUAAGAGUUGUCAGGUUCUGCUCCACGUGUAACAUCCGUUCUGGUACUUCUUUACAAUAUAUUGAUAAGUUAUAUCAAGUGAUUGAGUAACUAUAUAAAAAAUAAGAUAUGCUUCUUUACAGCUGUAUUGCCCACUCGGUAUCCUCUCUGUCUUUUUGCAUGAGAAUAUUAAAGUUAAAAAUUUAUAGACCAAAUGUCAUUGUAAGGGAAAACAAAUAUAUCAUAUCAUUUCAGCUUACAGUUCAAGCUGAAUUUAUACUUUUUAUUUGAAAUAUAAUCGUAGUAUUGAUACUUUUCUAUUAUUUCCAAAAUAAAUUAACCGUUUUAUUGAA